AUGAAGCCGAUUUCUGGCUUAGUCGAAUUGCCAGAGAAAGGCCAGCUUCAGAAGCGUAUUAACUUUCUUAGCGAGAACAGUGCCGGUUUAGGACCCGCUGAUCUUCUUAUUUUAACAAAAAAGUCAUCACAAGGAAAUAUUAUUACUUAUUCUUACUUUUCUGGUUUAUCUUUCCGAAAAGAAAGCGAUAUUAAAGAUUUUGUAACUAAUCUAAAGUCGAGAAGACCACAUAAACUUCUCAGACAACUUCAAUAUGAAUUAACAAAAGUUGAUUUAUGUAUUUGGAAUCCAUUUUCAAAGACUGACUUCCGAAUUCAAGUAGACGAUAAGAAAAACGUUACAAUAAACUGCUAUAAUGCUUCAAACGAACAUAUUGAUUUUAAUCAGCAACUGUUUGAUGAAAUAACGAUUGCAUCAACACUCAGAUACUGGAUACCAUAUGACCAACUCUACAGAUCGAUAUUUAACUUACCUUAUACCGAUUCAUAUCCUCUUAACGUUCAAACACCGAAACUUCUUACAAAUGAUGAACUCACAUAUAUUUCAGACAAUCUCAAUUCAUCAGCCGAUUUAGAUUUUGCGUUAGCUGCCUUUUUACUUGCUAAUUUCAACUCAAAUGAUUUUAUCAACACCGUUAAUGUACUAAAAACCAAAUUCCCAGGUGUAAUUGCCUCUAUAUUACGAUUUAUACCCCUUUCAUCACCAUUAGCCGACAAAUUAUACGACUUUUUGCUUCAUUCUUUUUCAAAAUACCCAGACAACCCAUUAAUCAUCAAAACUGUCAUCGAAAUGGCCUCAAUGAAGAAAGACAAGCAGAUCACCCACCAGAUCACGUCGGUUAUUAAGAACACAUCAUGGUCAAAUCCAACAACUUGCAUUUCCUUCGCGAAAACAUAUAUAUGUCUCAAGAAAUUCGAAGAGGCCAAGGUCAUUACAAACGGUACAUUCUAUUGCCGUGAAUACCAAGAGCCACAAAACUUAAAAUUUAAUCCUGAAUUGCCGGAAUCGCCUUCUAACAGCGCACCGAGGUCUGUUCCUAGAUCUAUAGAAAAGGAAAUCAUAGAAUCGCAGCUGGAUAUGACUUCAGACUUGAUUUAUCAUGUUGUAUUUGAAUUAAGAGAAAGUUACGGAGUAAUGAGACUCAAAGACGCAAAGAACUAUCCACAACCAAAGAAUGGAAUCAUAAAGGAUCAGAAUUACCAAGGAAAUACAAAUCUUUCCAUUGAAUCUUCAAAUAAUGACGAAGAUUUAGAUAAUUUGUUCGAUCCGGGCGUUAGUUCUUUCCCAUCUGUACCAACAAUAUUCUACAGACUGCCGUUCUCCUCUUAUUUCUUCGAUGUUCUCGAAGUUAUCGAUCAUGAAUCAGAUGAAGUAUCGAAAUUGAAGCGCAAUGGCUCUGUUUCGUCUCAGCAGGAUGCAAGACGUGCAGCUGUGCUGGCGCUAAAGACAGGAGACCAGGAAACUCUCAGAAUUGCACUUAAUUUCUUCGAGUCAAAGAAGAGAUACAGACCAGUUCACUUUUUGAUACAAAUGGCCGUUUUCGCAAGAAAUGGCGGAGAUGUCCCCGUUUAUAAGGAUCCAAAACUCAGAUGGACUCUCGCUGAGAGAAACGCGCUUGAUGUUAUAGUUCCGAUAUCACAGAACCUUCCUUCUUUAUUGUCUAGAUAA